AGGAAAAAAAAAAAAAAAAAAAAGAAAGAAAGAAGAAAGUAGAAGUGGUUAUCACUAUAAAUGGAUGGAUGGAUGAAGUUAGUUUUGGUCCCGCGGAAAUUUCUAAGUUUGUGAGUCUGAGUGUGUUGCUUCCAAACACGAUUAUCUGUCUGUGGGUCAGUUGCUACUUGCUUGCUCCUCCACAACCACAGCUACAGCCAAAAUUGUUUCUUUCUUCUUUCUUCUUUCUUCUUAAUUACUUGUUUGUUUUGUUAAUUCGGAAACAUUUUAUUGUUAUUGUUAUUUUGUUUUAUUUUGGGUUGGGUUGGGGCCCUGUGGGUUAAUUAGAGGAAAAAUCUGAAAGACAGCUCAUGACAUUAACAAUUUCAAAGCUUCCCUUGUUAAUCUUUUUGGGUCUGCGAAGAACAAAAACCUUUUUUAUUUUCGGUUUUUAUUUUUGGUUAUGAAGAAAAUUGCUGGUUUCUGUUUCCUCCAUAUGAUCAAUAAAUUAAGCAAGCUCAGGCUAAAGCAAUUACUUUCCCAUUGCCCUCUCCUUCUCAUUCUCAUCUCCUGCUCCUCCUCCAUUUUCUCUCAUUAAAUCUUUGUUUUUUUUUAUUUUUAUUUUUUUUUUAUUGCGUUUCAAAUUUAUAUACGUAUAUAAUCAUCAUGUCGUCUUCGUCCUUAGUCAUAGCACGUACAGGUCGCCAUCGUCAACGCUAUGAGAACAAUCUUCGGCUUGUUUCUGGUUGCUAACUCAGAUUGUGCUUACAACAGCUGUAUUCCUUACCGGCUGAGAGAAGACAAAGAAGAUUGCAGCGGCAAUAUAGAAAACAGAAUACAAGUUCUUAUGGUUUCUUCACCAAAUCGCAACGAUCUAGUGUUCCCAAAAGGCGGUUGGGAAGAUGAUGAGAAUGUUUUAGAAGCUGCUUGCCGUGAAGCUCUAGAGGAAGCAGGGGUGAAAGGAAUUCUCAGAAAAACUCCUCUAGGAAUUUGGGAGUUCAGAAGCAAAAGCAGACAAAACAUUUGCAGCCAGGAGGGUGGCUGCAAAGGCUAUAUGUUUGCAUUGGAGGUGACUGAAGAGCUUGACACAUGGCCAGAGCAAGGAAACCGUGACAGAAAAUGGGUAAACACGAAAGAGGCAUUUAAACUGUGCCGGUAUGAAUGGAUGCGCGAGGCACUGGAGAAGUUUGUGAGAGUGAUUGCAGAGGAUAAAGAGGUUGAGACGAGAGAAGAGACACAGAUAGUGGAGAAUUUGGGCCAUUUGGCAUUGCCGUUGACGUUGCCAUUGCCGUUGCAGUUGCCAGUUUCAGAUGUUGUAGUGGGUGAUUGUCAAAUGAUAGCCUCAAACUGCUAUGUAAAGACUUCUAGUAGUCACCACCAUGUUAUUGCUUCAUUCCCGUGGCAUUGCGCCCCUCAAGAGGUUGCCACUGACAUGAGUUAUUAAGCAAUGACUUGGGACUUAAUUUAGACUUUGUUGGUGUUGUAGAUUGGGAAAUGAAAAGCAUAGUCAUCUGAAUCAUAGACUCUCUGCUACAAGUUUAGCUCUUGUAAUGUUACAUGUGUUAGUGAAGCCGUUUCCAUUUCCAUUUCAUUAUCUCA